CCUGGGCGGGGCUUCCCUGCUUCCUUAUAUGGAGGCAGGCUGGUCACAUGGUCGAGCCGGUGUCAAAGAGAUAGGAGUAAAACUGAGAACUCUGAAGCACUCAAGAAGCCAGCGCAGAGGACGAGAGGCAGAGCGUGAGACAGACAGAUAAGGAGAACCACAGACGCCUCACAUGGUGAGAAAAUGCCCACCAACUUCACCGUGGUCCCCGUGGAUGAUGGCAGAAAGUCCUCUCAGGAACACUCGGACGACAACAACGUCCUGAAGGAGGAGGAUGAAGAAACCAUAGGUGAUGGAAACCCAAGGGAAAGCAGCCCGUUCAUUAAUAACGCAGAUGAUGAUAAGGGAACUCUGUAUGAUGGGAAAAACAUGGCACUUUUUGAGGAGGAGAUGGACAGCAAUCCCAUGGUGUCUUCGCUGCUCAACAAACUGGCCAACUACACGAACCUCACGCAGGGCGUCCGGGAACACGAGGAGGCCGACGAGGAUGAAGGUGCCAAGAAGCAGACAGUCAAGAGUCCACAGAUGGGGACGUUUAUCGGGGUCUACCUGCCCUGCCUGCAGAACAUCCUGGGAGUGAUCCUCUUCCUGAGAAUGACGUGGAUCGUGGGAACGGCGGGAAUCCUGGAGUCCUUUAUCAUUGUGUCCAUGUGCUGCUCGUGUACAAUGUUGACAGCCAUAUCAAUGAGUGCCAUUGCUACAAACGGUGUUGUUCCAGCUGGAGGCUCGUACUACAUGAUCUCUCGCUCUCUGGGCCCAGAGUUCGGAGGCGCUGUGGGUCUGUGUUUCUAUCUGGGCACAACGUUCGCCGGCGCCAUGUACAUCCUCGGGACUAUCGAGAUCUUCUUGACGUACAUCGUGCCCAGUGCUGCCAUCUUUAAGGCGGAGGAGAAGGCGGAGGAGGCGGACGCUCUGCUGAAUAACAUGCGUGUGUACGGGACGUGCUGUCUGACGCUCAUGGCUCUCGUGGUGUUCGUCGGUGUGAAGUACGUCAACAAGCUCGCGCUGGUCUUCCUGGCCUGUGUGGUGCUCUCCAUCCUGGCCAUCUACGCCGGGGUCAUCAAAACCAUCUUUGAAUCUCCAGUUUUUCCGGUCUGUUUGUUGGGCAACCGCACCCUGCAGAACCACGGCUUCGACAAGUGCAUGAAGACAGAAAUAAUAGACAACGUGACCGUGACCACGAAGCUCUGGUCUCUGUUCUGUAAAGGUCCAGAGCUCAACGCCAGCUGCAAUGAAUACUUCACCAUCAAUAACGUCACAGAGAUCCAGGGCAUUCCCGGCCUCACCAGCGGAGUCAUUUCAGAGAACAUGUGGGGAAGCUACGGUCCUGCUGGGAUGCUGGUGGAGAAAGCCAUGCCCUCGGUGCCAGCGAGCGACUCGUCUCAAGACAAGCUCAUGCCGUAUGUGGUCAAUGACAUCACUGCCUUCUUCACACUGCUGGUGGGAAUCUACUUCCCCUCCGUCACAGGUAUCAUGGCUGGAUCGAACCGAUCCGGGGAUCUGAGAGACGCUCAGAGGUCUAUUCCCAUCGGCACCAUCCUCGCCAUCGCCACCACCACCAUCAUCUAUCUGUCCUGCGUGGUGAUGUUCGGCGCCUGCAUCGAGGGUGUGUUGCUCCGAGACAAGUUCGGAGACUCUGUUAAAGGUAAUUUAGUCAUUGGCACAUUGUCCUGGCCCUCGCCCUGGGUGAUCGUGAUUGGCUCGUUCUUCUCCUGCUGUGGGGCGGGGCUUCAGAGUCUCACCGGCGCCCCCCGGCUGCUGCAGGCCAUCGCGCGGGACGGGAUCGUGCCCUUCCUCGAGGUGUUUGGUCAUGGGAAAGCCAACGGAGAGCCGACCUGGGCUCUUCUUCUGACGGCUGUGAUCUGUGAGAGCGGGAUCCUCAUCGCUUCUCUGGACGCCGUGGCUCCCAUCCUGUCCAUGUUCUUCCUCAUGUGUUAUCUGUUCGUGAAUCUGGCCUGUGCUCUGCAGACGCUGCUGAGGACGCCCAACUGGAGACCAAGAUUCAGAUACUAUCACUGGACUCUGUCGUUUCUCGGCAUGAGUUUGUGUCUGGCUCUGAUGUUCAUUUCCUCCUGGUACUACGCUCUGGUGGCGAUGCUCAUCGCUGGAUGCAUCUACAAAUACAUCGAGUACCGCGGGGCGGAGAAAGAGUGGGGCGACGGGAUCCGCGGUCUGUCGCUCAACGCGGCGCGAUACGCUCUCAUCCGAUUGGAGGAGGCACCGCCACACACCAAAAACUGGAGGCCUCAGCUGCUGGUGCUGCUCAAUCUGGACUCUGAGCUGUCUGUGAAACAUCCUCGUCUCCUGUCCUUCACCACGCAGCUGAAAGCAGGCAAAGGUCUGACCAUCGUGGGCUCGGUGCUGGAGGGAACCUUCCUCAGCAGAGAGUCUGACGCCAAGAGAGCAGAACAGAGCAUCAAAUCAGCCAUGGCUGCAGAGAAGACGAAGGGUUUCUGUCAUGUGGUGGUGUCCUCAAACCUGCGCGACGGCUUCUCUCACCUCAUCCAGUCAGCAGGACUCGGAGGAAUGAAGCACAACUCCGUUCUGAUGGCUUGGCCUGCGAGCUGGAGACAAUCCAGUGACCCACAGUCCUGGAAGAACUUCAUAGAAACGGUCCGAGAGACCACUGCCGCCCAUCAGGCCCUGCUGGUGGCCAAGAACGUGGACAGUUUCCCUCACCAGGAGCGUCUCGCGGAGGGAACCAUCGACGUGUGGUGGAUCGUUCACGACGGAGGCUUGUUGAUGCUCCUGCCGUUCUUACUGCAGCAGCACAAGGUUUGGAGGAAGUGUAAGAUGCGCAUCUUCACCGUGGCUCAGUUGGAUGACAACAGCAUCCAGAUGAAGAAAGACCUGCAGAUGUUCCUCUAUCAUCUUCGUCUGAAUGCUGAGGUGGAGGUCGUGGAGAUGCACGACAGUGACAUCUCGGCGUUCACCUACGAGAAGACUCUGGUGAUGGAGCAGCGCUCUCAGAUGCUGAAGCAGAUGCAUCUGUCGAGGACGGAGCGCGAGCGAGAGAUUCAGAGCAUCACAGAUGAGUCUCGUAGCUCCAUUCGGAGGAAGAACCAGAGCGGCGCUCACGGCUCGGCCGUCAAUAACCAGAACGCCUGUCUAGAUGACGAUAAACAAGACGAGGCUCAGCUGAUCCACGACAGAAACACGGCGUCUCACGCGGCUCUAAACGACAAGGCCGAUGUGUCUCCAGAGCGAGUCCACAUGACCUGGACCAAAGACAAGUUCUGCACCGAACGAAACCGCAACCGAGAGCCCAGCGCAAACAUGGCGGUGCGAGACCUGUUCAGCAUGAAACCCGAAUGGGAGAGUCUGAAUCAGUCUAAUGUGCGCUGCAUGCACACGGCCAUCAAACUCAAUGAAGUGGUGGCCAAUAAGUCUCAGGGAGCUCAUCUGGUGCUCCUCAACAUGCCUGGACCCCCCAAGAACAGAGGGGGCGAUGAAAACUACAUGGAGUUUCUGGAGGUUUUGAUGGAGGGUCUCAACCGGGUCCUUUUGGUGCGCGGCGGCGGUCGUGAAGUCAUCACCAUAUACUCAUAAAGCGGAUUGUAGCACGACGCCCCGCGGGCAGGAAUUCAGUUUUUAUUUUUCCCACAGCAAAGCCGGACAUCUUGGAGAAAGCUAGUGUUCGGGGUUUACAGCGCUGCGUUCAUUACAGGACAUUGACAACAUGAAGAAACAAAGACGAGCAAUGGUUCGCUUCGUAACACGACACUUUAAUUUAUGACACUUUUAUUGUUUUCUUUUGUUUGUUUCGUACAGUAUGUGCUAGUUUUUAUGUUUGUUUAUUGUGCAACAUCAUUUGGUUUUUCAAGACUUUCUGAAGCGCGUACGAUCCGAAGGCUUAAAGCGGGCGUGUUUUAUUAAAGUAAAAUUCACGUUUGUUGCUAAUGCCUGUUAAAUAUCGAUUCGUUCGUCUUCAUCCUGCAUUGCUUUUUAUUUGUGUAUGCCAGCUGCGAUUCAAUCUGUCAUUUAAUUCCCCAAAUAACAUCUGCUUUUAGCAAGCCAGGCUGCGAAACGUUGUGGCGAAUUCAUAUCAGAGUUGCGAAAACGCACUUUUACUGUUAUCAAAGGAAUGUUUGAGGUUUUCACGUCGGCUAAUUUUAACAAUAAUGCAGCGCGGAUGAUGAAUGUGUCGGAUGACGUUACAGACUUCAUGAUACGGAUUGUGCAAUAACUUUUAUUCAUCAUCAAGUCAUCACUAGCCGAGCAUGAUGUCCACUUAUCAAGGGUUUUGUGUUAUAAAAGUUUAAAUGUUUAACGCGAACAGCGUAUAAGGAAAAAAGCCAUAAUAUUUGGUCUCGUCAUUGAGUACUGAGGUUUUGUUUUGGCUUCAUCUCGGCAUGAAUCACUGAAAUCCGUUUAACCGGGAUGAUUUCAGCUGUAUUUGCACUUUUUUAUUAGAUUUUUUCGAUUAAGUUUGUGAUAAAAGCACAGGGCACGGCUGACCGGUCCAGCACAAUAUUUGCUGAUGAUAAGAACCAGCACUGCAAAAUCUCCUUCUCUCAGCAAUAAAUGUGUUUUCCCAUGAGCUGGAAUGAUAUUUAGUCUUUGUGUUGACAUUCAUGAUGUUAUCGGGCUGCCGGGAAUGUUAAACAUAGAGAAUCCUUAAUUAACAAGCAUUACUAAUAGAGUAAAGUGUGAAAGCAUCUAGUUUAGGAAAGCAAUCUAUUAGGAUUAAAGCUGAAGUGUGUUAUUCCUAGUGGCAUCAAAUUGAACUGCAGUUUGUUUGAGUGACAAGAGCUGGAAAUUUGCUCAGCCAAUGAAGUGCAUAUGGGGGCGGAGCUAUUGGUUUCUGACCAAUAUCAGAUUGGGGGAGUGUUUAAUAUUUGUUUGAGAAACCUUAUUAUGGUUUGAAAUGACACACUUCAGCUUAAACAGGUUUAGAAAUUAUUCUGUUUAGAUUCGGACAAUUAGAAAGGAAUUUUAAAAGAUUUACAUUGUAUUUUUGUUGCUCGUCUUUUUUCUUAUACACCGUGUCCUAACCAUGUGAUAAAGCAACAAGCAGUAAGUCUCAUCCUCUGUGACACACCUGAUUGGUCCACAAUCACUGCAUAUUAAACAGCUGAUGUAUUCUGAUUGGCUGUGACUUUUUCAGCUUGGUUAGGACACGGUGUUACAUGUAAUAUACACUACCGUUUGAAAUAUUUAUAUAUUUUUCAAAAAGAAAUAUACUUUUAUUUAGCAAGGGCACAUUAAAUUGAUCAAAAGUGAUAGUAAAGACAUUUAUAAUGUUACAAAAUAUUUCUAUUUCAGAUGAAUGAUGUUCAUUAAAACUCUCUUUACUUUGAACGGUAGCAUCUGAUUCAGAAUUAUAGGAAGAUGUGUGCCAAACAUAAAUGAUGAUAAAUUGCAGAAGGUCAAACAGUGGGUUUGUUUCCAUCAGUUUGAGAUGCUGAAGGUCUGUCUUCUGUUUCUUUGAACCCCGUGUUAGCGGUGCAGUGUUUUGUUACCAGGACAUUAUUACUGUAUUUUCUACAGUGUGUCGUGACGUAGAGAGAGCGAUGGAUGUGCUUAGAUCAUCUUAUCUAAUGUUUAAUGAGGAUGUAGUUUCUGCACUGCUCAUCUGUGGUGAACGCUUCGCUUUAGAGCAAAUUGUGAAAAUCUGAGGAUAUUGUGAUGUUUUUCUUUUAAAUAUGUUUUCAUUUUACUUCACGUGGUCAUUUCUGUCAUUCGUUCUACAUGCCAUAGUUUUCUCUCUUUUAUUUUUUUGUUUAUUUUUAAAGGACUUGAAGGUUAUUGAACCAACAUGCAUUAACAUACAUGUGUACAGUUACAGAUUUCCCUUCCUUUGUUCUUUCAUUCACCAAAGAAACACUGAGGUGUCUGUGUCAUCUGUGACCUCACUGAAAGAUAUGGAGAUAAAAUUGUGAAUAUCAGAAUAAAAGAACAGCUGAAGAGCAGAGGAUGAUGAUG